AUGGCGUCAUUCGGCCCAAAGACUGUUACCUUCCUCCUUAUCUUCUAUGGAUUCAUCAAUGUUGCAAAAGCCGCUGGUGUUGCAGUGGCUGAUGCUCAGGGGCGGCCACAAUGCACACUGAUUGCCAAUGGCGACAAAUUUAGCGACGUGGACAACAUAUUGGAAGCUUCUACUGUUUGCGGCACAUCUGAAAACGUCAUCUUCCCCGAGGGCGAGAAUUACUGGAUCGAUAGAAAGCUCAACCCCGUCGUCCAUGAUUUCUCUGACAACAUCACUUUCUGGAGAUCCGAUGGCUAUUUCAUCUUCUACCAAAACUGCCGUGCUGGCUUCGUGCUCUCUGGUGAUGGCAUCCGUAUCAACGGUUAUGGAACUGGCGGUAUCCACGGAAACGGGGACGCAUGGUAUACCGCCGAAAAGGGUGCCACAGUUGAAGGCCGUACCAUGCCAUUCGUUCUUUGGAACGUCAGUGAUGUGACAGUCAAGAACUUCUACAUAAGACAGCCUCAGUUUUGGGCCUACAACAUCAUGAACGGAACGGCCAUGUACUUCGAUAACAUCUCUGUCAAUACUACUUCGACAAAAGCACCAUCGCGGUCAGCCGAAUCUACUACUGUCGAGAAAUUUGUAGAUACAAUGGAUGUACACAAUAUUCGCGUCAAGGGCUUCAACUACACUGGCGGAGAUAACUGCGUUGCCUUCAAGCCCCGAUCGUACAACGUUACCUUGGAAGGCGUCACCUGCAACGGCGGUAACGGCAUUGCGAUUGAAAGCUUGGGUCAGUACCUCGAGGACUGCAGCGUAAAAGUUUUUGUUAUGGACGAUUUAGUGCUCAAACGUGGACCGGUCGACUUACGCUACGGGACCUAUCUCAAAACAUGGAUCGGAGAACUCGUGCCUCAAGACAACUAUGAGAGCGCAGGAAAACCCCGCGGCGGCGGUUGGGGCCGAAUUCGCAACGUUCUCUUCUCAAACGUUCGCUACGAUAGGGUGAAUCAUGCCCCCUCGAUUUACCAAACUAAUGGCGAUAAUGGGUCAUAUGCCGGUACGAGCAAUAUGGAGAUAUCAAAUGUUGUCUUCGCCAACAUCACCGGGACGCUAUCCGGCACGACGAACCGAGUCAGCCUGACUUGUAGUCAAAGGUUCCCGUGCCACGACAUCACUUUCCAGAACUUUGAUCUAGUUGCUGGGAAUGUAACGACUACUAGCUGUGCAGGCCGAUGGACUUUGGCUGACACCGUGACCGGACUCCCAGGGUGUUGA